UUCUUUUUGAGAAUUUCAUAAUUUUUGAAUAAGAAGAAACAACUUGGUAUGUCCCCAAACUUAGAAAUAAAAAACACUGCCACUAUUAUUGGAAUUUUUAAAUUAUAUGUAGCAGAAUCUAAUCUUAAUACAUCCUAAACCCAAAUUCAUUUGAAUCCAUUAGUUAAUGAAAUAAUAUGCUCUUUCUGUCAAACUUAGGUACUGGUACGUAUAAUGGAACUGGGUAGCUCUACUUUGAUAUGAGACUUCCUAAAAUUAAAAGAAGAGGUUUAAGUGUUUGGUAAGUUGACCCUCAGCCACAUCCCUUGAAGUGUAACAGAGUAUGAACUGAAACAGAAGAAACUUAAAUGUCAAAACAUUUCCCAUGUCCACAACAAUAUUGCUGAAUGGAGUAUUUUUAACAUUUUUAAAUCAUAAGAUUGAUGACUGGUUUCUGAAAUCCAUAGAAAAAAAUCUUAUUAAGAGUCCAAGAAUGAAUCCUCAAAGUGAAGUGGGAAUAAAGUACCUAAUCAAUAAUAAACUUCUAACACUGCAGACUUUUAAAAUGUAGAUACUUUUCGAGGAACAUUAACUUUAUACAAAAGGUGACUCCUAGAUUAUAGUUAGCUUCCUAAGAAAAUAAAUUUCAAAUUUUAAUACUAAUUCUAAUUGGGGUAAAAUAAUGGCAAAUGUAAUUUAGAGAAAAGCAGAGGAUUUAGUAACUAGGCAUAAAGAGAUUUUCCUUAAAUGUAAUAUGCUAAUAAUUGCUGGUUUUUAAAUGGUAACAAUUUGUAAUGAAUUACCUAUAUUGGCUUUCUUUUCUAAAGUAAACUGACUACUCUGGAAAUUACACAAGUUUUAACAGAUUAUGCAAUCAGUCCACUAAAGAGUGGAGCAGAAGCUAUCAUAAUCUGGUCUCAUUUUAUUAAACUCAUGACCAAAAGUUUUCCUUUUUACAUUAUUUCACAUAAUUUUAAAAGUAUAAAUUGCUUUCUCAGAAGAUAAAAUGUAAAACAGUUUGAAGAAAUCACCUGAAAUUGAUGCCGUUGUUUUUAAAACAUAAAAUCAGAUAGAUGGUCAUUCAUAUAGUAUCAAAGAUGUCUCUGGAGAAAACAAUACUUAUAGCCACUCACUAAGCAGUUUCAUAAAAAAAAAAAAAAAAAAAAAAAAAAUGGAACCCUUAACCCUAAGGUCAUAAAAUAAGACAUAUUUAUUUUACCAUACGAACUGAUAAUUAAAAGCAUAAGAUGCUCAUUAAAAAAAUGUAGUCUUGCUUGUGUGUAGCCUGGGAAAAUGAUCCUUUAUAUCAGAAAGAUAAAGACAAAAUAAUCAUAGUUAAGUAUUUCUUACUUCCCCAAAGGAAGAUGAACAUUUAAGUGGUUGAUAAAUUUGAAAAGCUGAUUAUACAUAAUAACUAUCAUGUUGGGGGAAUACAUAAAAAUCAAGCAGUUUGUAUUGUUAUUUUAAACAGUGACACACAUAAAAAGGUAGGAGUUAAAAAUAUUUAAACUAAUAUCGUAGAAAACCAUCCACGAGGAAGGUCAAAAUCAUUUUCAACAUGUAAAAAGAAUGAAGAGUAGAGGCAUUAAGAAGAACCACAAAUUCUUCAUGAGGCAAAUGUUAAAAUGUGGAACUUAAGCUCAGACAAAUACCCAGGAAUGAGUAAGGGCCAGGUUUAAUGUGCCUGAGGCAUUUCAUCCUAUAGCAAAUCUAAACUAUAUAGAUAUGCUUAAUGCUAUAAAUUUAGGGGGAAAACGUGUGUUUUUUUGUCCAUUUUGUAGCGUGUGCACCUCUUGCAAUAAAUUUGAGUCAGCACCAAUGACAGCUCUGCAGUCCUCCUAUGUGGUACUGAUCAGGUGGUUGCAGAGCUCCAGCUCACAGCAACACAAUGCAGCUGAGCAGGCAAGCACAGCCCACAGCCAGAAGCGGUUCCUACGCUCCAGAACAAGGCGACCUUUAAGCUUAAGUUUCCCGGAGAAAAAUGAGAUGCUGAUGCUGAAGACGACACUAUGGCUUUGAUGGAAUAUCAGAUACUGAAAAUGUCUCCCAGCCUGUUCAUCCUUCUGUUUCUCACACCGGGUAUUUUAUGCAUUUGUCCUCUCCAAUGUAUAUGCACAGAAAGGCACAGGCAUGUGGACUGUUCAGGCAGAAACUUGAGUACAUUACCUUCUGGACUGCAAGAGAAUAUUAUCUAUUUAAAUCUGUCUUAUAACCACUUUACUGAUCUGCAUAACCAGUUAACCCAAUACACCAAUCUGAGGACCCUGGACAUUUCAAACAACAGGCUUGAAAGCCUCCCUGCUCAGUUACCUCGGUCCCUCUGGAAUAUGUCUGCUGCUAACAACAACAUUAAACUGCUUGACAAAUCUGAUACUGCCUAUCAGUGGAACCUUAAAUACCUGGAUGUUUCUAAGAAUAUGCUGGAAAAGGUUGUCCUCAUUAAAAAUACACUAAGAAGUCUUGAGGUUCUCAACCUGAGUAGUAACAAACUUUGGACAGUUCCAACCAACAUGCCCUCAAAACUACAUAUGGUGGACCUGUCUAACAAUUCCUUGACACAAAUCCUCCCCGGAACAUUAAUAAGCCUGACAAACCUCACACAUUUUUACCUGCACAACAACAAAUUCACAUUCAUUCCAGAUCAAGCUUUUGACCAACUCUUUCAGUUGCAAGAGAUAACCCUUUAUAAUAACAGGUGGUCAUGUGACCACAAACAAAACAUUACGUACCUACUGAAGUGGGUGAUACAAACAAAAGCCCACGUGAUAGGAACCCCCUGUCCGAGCCAAAUAUCAUCUCUGCAGGAACAUAACAUAUACCCCACACCCUCUGGAUUCACCUCAAGCUUGUUCACUGUAAGUGGCAUGCAGACCGUGGACACCAUUAACUCUCUGAGUAUAGUAACUCAAUCCAAAGUGACCAAAAUACCCAAACAAUAUCGAGCAAAGGAAACAACAUUUGGCGCCACUCUAAGCAAAGACACCACCUUGACUAGCACUGACAAGGCUUUUGUGCCCUAUCCAGAAGACACAUCCACAGAAAUGACCGAUUCACAUGAAGCAGCAGCUGCAACUCUAACUAUUCAUCUCCAAGAUGGAAUGGUUACAAACACAAGCCUCACUAGCUCAACAAAAUCAUCCCCAACACCCAUGACCCUAAGUAUUACUAGUGGCAUGCCAAAUAAUUUCUCAGAAAUGCCUCAACAAAGCACAACCCUUAACUUACGGAGGGAAGAGACCACCACAAAUGUAAAGACUCGCUUACCUUCUGCGGCAAGUGCUUGGAAAGUAAAUGCUUCGUUUCUCUUAAUGCUCAAUGCUGCGGUCAUGCUGGCCAUCUGAGGGUCUGCAUUUUCUGAAACUAAUGAAAGAACUCCUCCCUGAUGUAUAGUUGGGAAAAUAUGCCCCUAUCUAGCCAGUGAUUCAAGCUAUAUUAAAUAUUCAAGAAAGCCAGUGUUACCCUUCUGACUCUGAUGUAAAUGAAAUUACUUGUCUUAAAUAAAAGAAGUGCACAAUGUCUUGGUACUUGCUACUAUUUUACUGUCUUAAGUAAAACUAAUGCAUUUCUUUUUUUAAUGAAAUAUUUUCUUUUUAAGGCUUCAAUUUAUUGCACAAAAUA